UCAUGUGCAACUUUAAGAGAAAAAAUGUGCACAUGAAAGAGCCUGCGCAUCAAAAAGCUGAUGUUUUGCACUUUGAGAAAAUCUGACAUUGAAGAGAAAUUGCGCUGGGCCCCUCCACCCAUGCUGCUGUAAGGUUUGAUAAUGGAGUUCUCGAAUGGCAAGAUGGAAGACUAUUGGACUUUUAUUAAUCGGGAGAAAGCAAGAUACAGAGUGACCAAUCCUGGGUAUCUAACAGAAGCUGAGGGCUCUCCUGCACCGAUGCCUCCACCCGUGCCUGAGUUUUCUGGCCCCAGUGCUCCGCCAGUCGACAUGUUCGACAACAUGCCCAUCUUUGGAAACACCGUGGUUGGGGGAGGAGUUGGAGGAUUUGUGCCUAAUUCGCUGCCCAUGCACCCCACCCCUCAGCCCCAGUCUGAAGCUUACCAACAGCAGUGGAACUUUUGCAGGAUUCCAUUCAUAAAUGAGACUACGGCACGGGAAGCCAUUGCUCUGUGGGCCUCUAGCAACUGUUCUUACGAUUUUGUACCAAAGGAUGGUGUGAUCGUCAGCAUGGAGGCUUUUAAUACCUAUAGGUACCGCCUGGAAACCUUCACUGAGUCGCGAUCUACGGAAUGGAGUCACGAGCCAUACAACGGCCAACCAGUGGAUGCAUAUGCUCAACCACCUCCGGGGCCCUGGGAUAUUGCUGCAGAACCCCCCGUUUAUUUUGUGGAUGGCCAGCAGAUCAUCAGACUUCCCUACACUUCAUUUUUGAAGAGCUGCCAUGUUUGUGAAGGAAUGGGGCAAAAACCUUGCAACGACUGUGACAGGACUCGAGAUUGCAUGAGGAUGAAAAACUGCCGCCAUUGUCAGGGGCAAGGAUUCAUGGAAUGUCCCACAUGCAAAGGAAGACAGCAGCUUUUGGUCUACAUCAACCUGACUGUAAAAUGGACAAACAACCGUGAUGACUGUGUGGUGGAACAGCCCGGUGGCCUUAAGGUGCAUAACCUCCACCAAGUGUCUGGUAUGGAGCUUUUUAGAGACUCUCGGUGCUUGGUGUACCCAGUAUUGGGGUUCCCAGUCCCUGCCGUGGUAAAUGCUUCUCAGCGUUUAGUCAGUGAACAUCAGUACAACUUCUCCCUGAUGACUCGCAUUCUGCAACAGCGUCAAGUUAUUGAGCUGAUCCCUGUCACCAAGGUUACCUACUCAUGGGAAGAGAAAAAAAACAUUCUCUUUGUUUCUGGAACUGAACUGGAGGUCUGUGCAGACAACCACCCCCCUGGUAGCUGCUGUACCCUGAUGUAACUGCAGAAGCCAUCAUCCUGUCUGAGUGUUACAGCUGUGAAAUCAUUUCAUUUGUUUUUUUAUGUAGUUAAUAAUAUAUGUCAGUUUAUGAGUCUUGUGGAAAGCCAUGAUCGAUGUGAAUUUCAGCUAUUUUAAGGGAGACAGAUCUUUUGGCUCAGCUCAAUAAAGAGAUGGUGCUUUCGGGACUCCACUGGAUUUUUGUUGCUUCAAUGUAUUGCCAAAUUACGGCUAAAAUUAAUUUGUAUGGUAAACAUGUCAUAUCAAAUGUUUAUUAUUUAGUGUUCCCUCGCUACCUCAUGUGUCACCAUUUUUGUAAUGCCUUUUGUUUUACAGCCACUUGUAUCGUGUUACACAUCCUGAUUGGCUAAAGGAGAACCCAAGUGUUGUGUUUUGUGUCAUGAUUGGACACAAAGUGCCUUCCUGUGCAGUACAGAAUAUGUUUGGCUUGCCAAAUUUACAUCAGUGUUUGAUUGCUAGUUGUGUGACACUGAAGUGCUGUAUGUUUGCAAGUUUUAUCCCCGACAGCACCCACAAUGUCAUCUAAAUGUUAUACACUGUCAAAUGCAGGACAAAGGUUGCAGCUGUAGAGCGCCAUUAUGGAAGGAGGAAGGAGGUGGAAAAUACAUAGACAUAUAUGGGAAAAUACAACAGCAACAGGAGCAAUAUGGGUUAACAAUGAUACAAAAACACUACAGAACAGUGACACUGCGCCAGGACGGCAGAGAGGCUUGAUCAGAGGAGUGAAAUACACAAGUCACUUAAUCAUUUCUUGUGUCCAUGAUGAAAUUUCUCACCAUAAUAAGUCCAAAAGGGCCACUUAAGUAAAUUCUGACAAUUUCACCUCCCCAUACAUGUUUGUUAAUCGCCAGUUACAAGAAGGUAUGAAGGCAUUUAUAUAUUGUACUUCUGCUAAGGCACUUGAAUCAGUAAGAACAGUUGCUCUAAAAUCUAGUACUCAAUAAAUCAUUAAAGCAGUUUUUCACCGACAUAAGUUAAAAUUCAAGUGAAAGUUUGAACUUUUUGAGUGUUACAGAAAUGUGAAAAUGGCAAUGCCUGGCUUCAAUUGGCAAGAGAAGUAAAAGAAAUAAAACCUAAGGGGAACUGUUACUUAACAACCAUCACGUUGGUUCAGUACGCCUGGGUGUUUUAAUAGGUAAAUAUGAGACUGGAAAUGUGACAGAUGU